GCAACCUGAACACAAAACCUCUCGAUCACUUAAUGUUUCGAUAGCUGUACCAUAGUGUCUGCGUUUUGAGGCAAGUUCGAUAUCAAAACCUACAGCAAUUAAGAUGCCUCCCAAGCGGGCCAAGAGUGGCGGAUCUGCAGGCGUUUCGCGCUGGGAAACCGGGCUCCUGACAACCGCUUUCGAAGAGGAUACAUGGAAAGCCAAUAUUGCAUUGGUAGUCAGUAACCAAUUAGAUGACAACAUUUACACUGAUAUCCUAUCCACUACUAUAGCAUCAGGACUCAGGAGAUUAUUCAGUGUCAUUUCUAAAGACCAACUAUAUGAAGAGGUCAAAGAGCUUGGGAAUCCUAAAGCUAAGAAACCUAAAGAGACCCCCCAGUUCUUUGAAAUCUGUGAAGUUGUAAAAAAACAUCUAGAUGAGGAAGAGGACAUACCUUUACCGCUGUUAGGUAAACUAUUGAAAUGGAAACUAUUGGAUAUUAAAGCAAAAGAUUUUAAGAGACGAGAAGAUGAAAAAAAGGCUGCUGAGGGUAAAGGAAAGGGUAAAGAUGGUAAGGGUGGCAAAGAUAAAAGGCCUAGAAGUAAAUCUCCCACCAAAGGAAAAGGCAAGAAAACACCUGAACCACCAGCACCCAAACAAGGUACUAAACUAAAGAAAAGAGGAGAAGAAGAUGAAGAAAAUAAAUAUAUUGAUGAUGAACCAGAUGAUGGUCCACAACACUAUGUAAUCAUAACUGGCUUUCCACAAGCACAACUACUGUCUAUACUAGCAGAUCUUGGUGUGGUCAUUAACUGUAUUAUCAAAAUGGAGUCAGAAGACUAUUCAAGAUUUGAUCAAAAUGAAGAGGAAGAAACCACUUUAGCAGAAGGUGAAAUAAAAGAAGAAGAUGAAUUACAGAAAGCUAAAAUUGAGAAAGCUAAGGAGGAGUUAUCUAAAUUCUGGGAAAUGCAUGAGUUGCUGCUACGUAAAGCUGCUGUGAACUCCAAAUUACAUGAUGUAGCCAGACUGAGUUAUUCCGUAAAAGAAUCUAUUAUUCCUACAAACCUGGAAGACAAUGAAAAAAGGGUAAGGACGGCAUUUGGUACAGUUUUGUUUGAAGACGUUGCAUGUCAGAUGUAUGAUUUACUGGAUUGGAAGAGACAAUAUCAUACUUAUUUAUACAAUAUGAAUUUAAUUAAUGUGCCCAUAGCUACUGGUAUACCUGCUGUUGCACCAACUGGAGUCACCUUUGGUCAAGGUGCUGGUCACAAAACUGUAUCUGAAGCACCAUCUGGAAUGUCAGCUCCUGUUCCAGGAACAACCACUGCACCUACUACAGUUGGUGUGCCUACUAUUGUGCCUACUGAUAUUUCAUCGCUACCACCACCUGAAACUGAUAUGAGAUAUUAUAACCAUCUUAUGAACUCUGUACCACAUGAGAGUAUGAGUGUACCUCUCAUAGUUAAUUGUAUGUUAGAACAGAUUGUAGCAACAGAAGAAGAUAAAGAAAUUCCGAGUGAUAUUCCUAAAUUACCACGUGAAGAUGGCUUAGAUCAUAUAUUAGCCAAACAUGUCAGCUGUGUGGCUACAAAAUUGGGUCUUAACAGAGAAGACCAGCAGAGCUUAUGCCAAGAACUCAAUACUCCAGAGAAGCAAUGUAAGACAGAUGGAAACAAACCAUAUUUAUAUCAUUUUGGUGAUGAUAUUGGAAGUCGUCUUCACCAUUUGAAAACUAUUCAUGGCUUUUCUCCAUUGGAGGCAGAGUAUCAGUUACUAGAUUACACACCCUCAGCAAUAUUGAAAGAAUUCACCAAACCUUCAUCCAUUACAGUCAAAGAAAGAGCAUCCCGAUUACAAGAAUUGGUACAGUUCUGUGCUAGUGGUGUUCUGUCCCAAUCUGAAAUCAACCGAGCAUUUAAGCAGUUUGUAUUUGAAAGCUUAGAGUUGAAAUCAACAGAUGAAUUUGGCCAAUUAAUCCAUGGUAAUAUGGAUGAACUGAUUCCUUGGGAUGAUCCUUAUCCUUAUUUUAAAAACUUAAGACGAUUGAGAUCAGCAGAGGCAAGCUGCUCUGAAUCAGUCAGUAGUGGCAAACUGUUGGAAGCUAUAUUGGAACAAGAUAUAGACACGCUUAAAGAUGGUGUGAAGUCACAGGUGGCAGCAUCUCCUGAUAAACCAAAUCAGUCAUCUCCUGCUAGCAGUGCUCCAGGAUCUCGCCCUGGUACGGGUAUACUGAGAAACAGCAGAGGAUCCAGGCAAGGUUCUGCUGCUAGUGCUAAAUCAGUGAAAAGUUCAGUACAUUUUGAGAAAGAUGAAAUGGGAAAUGUACAUAUACAUAGCAAUGAAGAAUUUACAAUUAAUGAAGAGACAGGAUCAUGUACAAAGAAACAACGUCCACAGUCGGCAGCAUCUAGUACCAUUUCAUUCAGUGAUAUCAAUGAGAGUCAGUUAAGAAACCUGGAUGAUUGGUCUUAUGCUGAGUAUUUUGAGCCUAAAGUAUUACUGCAGGUUCUUGAAAAUGCUCGUUCUUUGUAUCCUUAUAUGGAUACCUAUUAUCAUAAAAGAGACCAUUCACUGUUGGUUAUUAUGCAUAAUCCUAUUGGUCCUGAUUUGAAAACUUAUGAACCUUGGGAUACACAGUUACAUUCUGAUGUUGGAUUUAGAAACUACUUGGAGCAUGUGGCAGAGUCCAUUGCUGACUGGGUAAGACGAGAAGAAGACAAAUACCAGGCAGCAUUGAAGGAGGCUGAGUUAGCAGCGGCCGCUGCUACUCCUCCCCCAACCGAUGCAGGAGAUUCUCGGCCAUCAAGUUCCAAGAGUCGACCACGAUCACUUUCUCCUAAGAAAGAUGGUAAAAAAUCUAGAUCAAAAUCUCCAAAAGGAAAGAAAAGUGCCAGUCCUUCUAGGUCGUUGGAGAAUCUUGAUCCAAACAGUGGUAAUUUUAUGCGACCCAAUUCACUGAAAGCAUGGAAAGAAGAACAAGAUAAGAUAAAAGAAGAGGAAGAACAGAAACGAAUUGCCAAAGAGGCGAAAAAAUCGCGAUCAAGGUCAACUUCUCCAAAGAAAAAAGAUGAAAAAGAUGGGAAAGGAAAAGAGAAGGAGAAAGAAAGAUCCUCAUCACGUACAAGUAGUCGUGGUAACAAAGAAGAAAAGGAAAAAGAGAAAGACAAGGCUCAGGAGUCUAAGUCAUUAGAAAGUGUACCUGAGAUUACUGAGCCUCAAGAACAAAAAAAAAUAUAUCCUUUUACUGGUUACAAUGUUGGUAAUGAUUUAAUCCAUGCUAGUGGCAUAAUGUCUACUAUGUUUCCAUCUGAUGGAGGACAGAUAAGAACAGAAAAAACAGAAUUUAUACAAGGUCCUGUAUUUGUUAAAAGCAGUGUGUUAAAAGAUGGGCAUACUUUUGUACUACAUAUCUUGGAACCUAAGGAAGAUGCCAUUGAUGAAUGGAAGGAGAUAUGUGAAGAUGAAGAACCAGAUAGUGGAAGAGAGAAAGCAGAUGAUGAGAAGUCAGAGAAAGAGGUCAAGGAAAAACAAGGCUCUUUGCAUGAGAGUAUAUCCUCACCAUUGACAGUAGAUGAUGUGUCCAUAACAACAGAGGAUAGUAACAAGAAGGAAACUCCUACUAACACUGAUGUACCUAAACUGAGUAUUGAUGUUGCUAGUGUCAAAGAUGAAGAUGAAGGUAGUAAGAAAGAAGAAAAGAAAAAGAACAAGCCAAUUUCAUCAUUUGGUUGCUUUACUGCAACAAUGAAUGAUGGUAUGGUUUUGUCUCUCAGUAACUAUGGAAACCAAGGCAAAACCAGUGAAGAAGAAAAAGCAUGUGACACAUUGCAACCACCAGCACCCACACCCACACCACAGCCUCCACCCUCACCAAGUGGAAAGGGUAGAGCAUCAUCUGGAAAGAAAGGAAAGAAACAACAACAACAGCAACAACAACAAUUGGAACUAGAGAAACAACAAGCUGAACAAGAGAAACAACAGGAAGAAGACACUUCAAAAGAAGAGCCUACAUUAAAUGAACCAGAGGAGGAAAUGUUUCAACAACUAAACAUCUCCUGUCCUGAUGGACUUGUUGUGAGAUAUUUUACUGAUUCUACAAUGGGUAAAAAAAAAGCCUCUGAAGAAUGUGAUGGAGGUGUUCUUGUACGUCAACAUUAUCCUUAUAAGAGUGAUGGUAAACAUGAAUGUGAAUCGUCACGGAAACCAGCAAUGCAAGAAUUAUCUAGAGUUAUAAAUAGUGAUGGUACUGUUAUUAAAGUCAUGCAUGAUGGAUCUAUAUGGGUGUUAUUCGCGGAUGGUACUGUCAGUUAUAAUGCAGGUAAUGGACCAAUCACAGAGUGCCAAGGAAGACCAUCAAGUCGUGAUGGUUCACCUAACCGUCUAGGAAGUGCUGUCAGUAUACAAGGAAGUGAAACGCAUACUAAAAAAAGUGCAUUGAAAGGUGCUCCUAGUAAGUUGAGUCAACCAUCAAUAGUAGAGAAGGAUACAGCGUCAACUAGUGGUGGUGACACUGAUAAAGUUGGUGAAUGGAUUACUACCACUCAAACUGGGGAGAGGAUUGCAACUAAAUCUGAUGGCAGCCAAGCCAAUGUACAGUCAUACAUGUCUUAUACUGCUACAGAUCAAAUGACAAAUGAGGUGGUGAUGACACGUGAAGACAGAGUUGUUGUGGUAGAGAGAUCUGAUGGUGUACGCAUUGUUAAUCAUAAUGAAGGUACAAGGAUUACUACAUUCUAUCAAGAAGAAGAAAAACAAACACCAGAAGAUGAGACAGGUGAACAGUUUGCUACUCGAAUCAAAAGAGUGCAAUAUGUGAAAGUGGAGUGUGCUGGUUUUGCUACUGUUGUGUUUAGUCGUGAGACUGGAAUGGCUACAACAAUAUUUGGUAAUGGUAGCAGUCUCCUGACUAAUCCAGAUGGUGUUUAUAAAUUCCUUCAUGCUGAUGGUGGUGAGAUGAGUGUAGAGAAAGAUGGUGCCAUUGUGUAUGCACCCAAACCUAACAAUGACAUAAUUGACCUGAAACCUAGUAUUUAUGUAAUGAGACACAAUCACCCAACACUUGUUGACAUGAUGGAUGCUGAUGGCAAUUCAUUUACUGUUAGAGCCACUGGAAAAACUGAGGUCAAUAAAGCUUUUAAUCUGGAUGAUUUGUACGCUGAAGAAGAAGGCAGUGAAAACAAAGAGAAAGCACCCAAGAUUGAAACAUAUUCUCAGUAUGCACCACGGUUCUUUGUUAUCAAUGAAGAUGGUAGUGGGAGUGAAUUAUUGCGUCACUCUGAUAUUGCUGAGUACUUGACUGCAGCUGACAAGGAUCCAGCCACUGCUAUACUUAAAGAUUCCCUUCCUGACUACCCUGGGGUUACAGGAAUUACUAUUUUAAAACCAUGUGAGAGUGGAGGUGCCAGUCAAAAAUGGCUCAACAGUUUUGAUGAGAAUAAUGUCAUACCAUCCAAUUUACGAUCCAGAGACUUUAAAACUAUGCCAGCGCAUGAAAUGAAUGAUCCUGGUCCUGCAUUUGGAACAACUGUUGGUAAAGGUCUGGCUGUUGGAUCAGCUCGUAAACCAUAUGAAAGAGGCCCACUUCUUGAGUGUCCACAGAUUUUACAGUUACGUCAGUUGAUUAAAUAUAAACCAAUAAGUGGUGAGUUGAGACAGCGUAUGCAAGCUGGCCUCAAAGCAUAUGCCACUAAUGCCAUGAAACGUCAGCAAGAUGCCGAGGGCUUAGCUGUCCAAGAUCCAAGAAGUGAGUCCGAAAAAGUCCAAGCAACUGACUUAGAACUUCAGGCAGCUGUUGAGGCUAAGAUGGCUAAAGAACCACCGAUUCAAGCUGAUGGUGAAAUAACUGGAGAUCCAAGAUCAGGUAGAUACGUGUUUAAACCUGAUGUUCCCAUGGAAACUAAAGGUCCAGUAAUAAGUGGUGAUCCACGGGAAGGGAAAUAUGUAUUCACUCAACCAAAGGAACCUGAAAGUGAAAUUGGUGGUGAUCCCAGAUCAGGAAGAUACGUUUUCCAACAAGAGAAUGUGGUGAUUGAAACACAAGGUGAUCCAAGAGGUGGAAGAUGUGAUGCCCAACAACAAGAUGAAAGGUCUGGUCAGUGGGACUACAAACCUAGGGAUCUAAUGCAGUCAGAUGAUAUCAAGGCUAUAUAUGAAGCAGCUACUGCACCACCCAGGAUUCCAACACCACCACCUCCCAAACCUAGAAGAACACAAGCAGACUGGGAAAAAGACAGGCAACAAUUGGAAGAAGAGAAGAAGAACAGAAAUGCCUUGAAAAAUUACGCAGUACCGCCUUAUUUUGAAAGUGAAUGGGGCAAAAGUUUUCUGAUGAUGAAAGUGUCAUCUGACAUGGAUAGAUUAACUAAAGAGCUUGCUGUACAAACCAGGAAAGGUGAACCACUAGAUAACAAACAGUAUGAUGCUUCAACAACAACAGAAUCACCACCCCAAGCCUCAGAAUCGUCUCAGCCAAGUGAUGUUGACAGUACAAGUCCACAGAAAAAUUCUCCAUCUCCAUUGCCACAAGGUGUUGCAACUACAGGACUUACACCAGAUCUACGACCAACCAAUCCAACACCAGCUAAAGCAAAGGGUCAGGGUAGCCCUACCCCGGUUAGACCCACUAAUCCUACACCUGGUAGAGCUUCUAAUCCUGGUACAGUGCGACCUGGACACCCAACACCUUCAGCUAUGGAGAUGAUAGGAGGUGGGUAUUCACGUAUACCAAGUGAAACACCAUCUAGUUAUACAUCCCUACCAAAUUACCCUCCUUCUACCAUACCAGAACAGACAGAACCAGAUACUCAACGAUCAGAGGAGAGUGAGAAACCAGAAGGGAAUGUUGUACCAUCAGCUCAAAGUGAUAUUGUUUUAACACGUAGUUUAACGACCAAUGUAAUUGGUGAACCAAGAAGCCAACAAGUACGUUUGCCGGCAGCCAUUCUAGGUAGUAAACCUGGAGCAUUGCUGAAUCAAAGAUUUUAUGAACUAGAGGAUCCUGUGCGUCGUAAAGUUAAGACCUCAUCUGUAGCUGGUGGAGCUCCACAUGUACCUUCAAUGCGUGGCUUUGAAAUCUUUCCUCAAGAAGUUGACUUUGGUACAGUCAAAGAGGGAUGUACGUAUGCAGUCAAUGUACAUCUCAAGAAUGUUGGUAUUGAUAGUUGUAGAUAUAAAAUUAAACAAGCACCUCCAUCUACUGGAUUACGUGUCAUCUAUAAACCAGCUCCUGUUGCCGCUGGCAUGAAAGCUGUGUUAGAGUUGGAAUUGUAUGCUAUUGCUGUUGGUGUGGAAGGAGGUAAUGGUCAGGGCUCUAUUGGACACCAUUUAGAAAUCAUCACAGAAACUGACCUGCUAUAUCUUCCAGUCUCUGCAACUAUCCUGACAGCUAAUGAUUAUGAUGAUCGCUGUCAUAAUGGACAACCUCCUAAACUAGGACCAGGUGUUCGCAUAUUGUCAACGAGACCUCCAUCCAGAGAAGGAAUUAUUAGACCGAGGAAAGACCCACCAUAUCAUAAAAUUGAAACUGCAGAUUCUGUGACCAGCUGAACAACUAAAAAGUAGUUUUAUAGACCGUAUAAAAACAGUAUAUAAUCAAAUCUGUUAUUUGUUUACUGUGUUAUGUAAAUUUUGUUUUUCAUAAUUGUACACUAUUUGUGUGAAUAAUGAACUCUUAUAUAACCAAAUAUAAGAAUGCCACCAUUGUUUAUAUAGAUGAAGUUUGUCACCCUAACCACCUUCUAAAUGAUAUGUAUAAUUUACAUAAUGUAUGUAUAUAUGUCAAUAAAAUAUUUUAAAUUUUGUAUUGCA